UUAUGCUGAAGCUAAUCGAAUCGCAGCUUGGCGUAUCAGUUUCAAUCAAAUUUCUUGACGCAAAUAAAAUUAAUUCGACUUCAGUUAUGCAUGACUUGACAAACAAACUUUCGAAUGAUGAAUCAAUUUUAUUGGGGGGAAAUCCUCUUCCUCUAGACGAAAUAAUAAAUUUUUCUGGCGUUGAAAAUCAACUUGAAUUAGAAUGUGGAGCUACAAGAUCUCGCUUUUUCAACUUCUCCGAUUACAAGCUUAUAAAACCAAAAGAUCUGCCUAACUUUUAUUCCACUGUUGGAGAAGGUGUUUUACUACCAGUUUGUGGAUCUGGUAAUUGUCCUCCACAAUUAGUAGCUCUCCUUCCCGGUUCUUCACCCAAAACUCGUCGUGUUCUUCGUCUCUUCACUCUUCCAAUUGUCGAUAAAACUGUAAAAUUGAAUCAACUUCGAUCGCAAUAUAUGCCUUUUUGUCGUAAGGUUAACGUUUCUUAUGAAGCUUAUUACGACAUAUUUUUCACUCGUCUUCACAUGAAAUUUACCAAACCUACCUCUGGGUUACUUUCCCCUCCUGAUAGUUCAACUUCUGUUCGUUUGAUUACCAAUAUUUUACCUUAUUCGACUGAAAAAUCUCCUCUCAGUCAAAUCAAGUCAGAUCUGGAUCGAAUCAAACGUCUGUUUUUGGCUUUCCAAAAUGAGGAUUCUUGGGUGCCGUUAGAAAAUCCGAUUUUGCAGUCCGAUUUAGAAAAAGUUAUAGCCAUCCAUCUUAACAAUGAGCAUUUAUGGGAAGCUCUCAAAGAUGCUCCAAAUCGUCGCGUUGCUCGAGAGGGUUUCUUAACAGCCCUCCGACUACUUCAAGAGAAACCGGAUUUUUUGACUGUUAGUCUCUCAAACUUCACACAGUUUGUAAAACUCGCCCGUUCUCACAUUAUGUCAGGUCGAGGAGAAGUGAAUACAUUUGACGUACAAGGUCUUCGAAUGCUUAUUGAAGUGGGUAUAUUCAAAGUCACUAAUGAUUGCAUUGCGGCUAUUCAGGGAGGUAUGCUUCCGACAUUAAAACUAUCAUCUACUAGCGUUAUUUAA